AUGAUAUUUUCUCUUUAAUUUACGUAAAUCAAAUAUUGAUUAUCAUAUUCUGAGCACAGAUGAAAAAAAAGAAGCUAUUGAAGCAUUAGCAGCUAAUCCUUCAGAUGAAAACUUUGAAAUCUAGAGUUAAAAGUAUAAUACUACAAUUAGAAAUUUAAAGAGAUGGUUUAAUUAAGGUUAUGUUAGAAAAUAAGGAUGUGGAAGGAAAAGAGUAAAUCCAUAAGCAGUUGCAGAACUUGAAUAAUGGAUCUUGACUGAAACAAAGAAAGGAGGAAGGAAAAUUACUAGAGACUUUAUUAAAUCUAAAGCCCUUGAAAUCUUCAAUAGUGAUACAUUUAAAGCAUCAAAAAUGUGGAUGGAUAAAUUUCUUUCUGAAUAUGAUAUCAAAUUUAAAGUUUAAACAAUAUUACAGGAACAUGGAUGUUUAUCAAAAUUAUAAGAAGUUAAAUUUAAAUAGGAGUAAAAAUCAAGAAGAGAAAAGGAAUCUGAAAGUUUGGAAACUAAGAGAUUAGUUAAAAAUGAAUCAUAAGAAUAAAUUUAAACUGAUUUAAAUGUUAAAUAAGGUUUGGAAGAAAAAGUAUAUGUAGAAGAUUUUUUUUUGGAUUAAGAUGCUAUUAAUUUAUUUUCUGAUUCUUAUGAAAUCUAAAGUAGACAAAACUAAGUUGAAUUAUAAUAAUUUUCUGAAUAAUUUAUUCCAAAAUUAACUUUUCUAGGAGACAGCUAUGAAGAUAUUUAUAUAGGAUAUUAUAUAUAAUAUUUUAUAAUGAAAUUUUAUUUAAAGGAAAAUAUGAUGUAAUGUAAAUGUUUUGACUAAAUGUUAUAAUUUAUUGAAUCAUUUUAUAUAAUAAUGAAAUAUUCUUUAUUGAUAAUCUUUGUGUUAAUUUGUAUCACAUAUACAUAAUAAACACCAGAAUAACAUCUCAAAAAAGAAAUAAUAAAAAAAAUAGCUAAUUAUGUAGGUAUUGAAUUACCACAUGAGUAUAUAAUUUCAUUAUUUUAUUAGUUUACAUUUAUUUUGCUUACCAUGUAAAUUGAUGAUGAAACAAGUUUAAAAAUUCUCAAGGAACACCUUAUUGACAAUCAUCAAAAAAGAGUAUCUAGCACUUUGUCCUCAUUUCUAUAAUAUGCCUCAUUGUCUUGGCAAAAGUAAAUAAUAUCAUGAUGAAUUUGCUGUGCACUUUAUUGAGUAAGAAAAUUGAAUAAUUUAUAGUAAUUAUUUAAAACCAUCAAAUGCUUGUUAAGUAUUAGGAGCUUGUAAAGUGGAACAUUAACCUUAAACUUUAAAAGAAUAUAUAAAUGAAGUUAUGCAUGAUAAACUUACAAAAGAACAAUAAUAAAGAUGGAAAGAAUAAGCUGAAGCAUUGCUUAUAAAUAAUAAAGAUUAUAAAGUAGUACAAUACACAGAUUUGCAUAUUGAUACAGAAUACUCUGAAGGAGCUGAUGCUUUUUGUAAUGCUCCUCUUUGCUGUAGAAAAGAAUAUGGAACACCAAAAGAUCCUAAUAAGGGAGCUUAAUAUUGGGGAACUUUGGCUAGUUGUGAUUUACCAUUUAGAACAGUUUAAAAUUUAUUAUAAUUCACAAAAGAGAAUAUAGAUCCUGAUUUUAUAAUUUGGACAGGAGAUAGUAUCGCACAUGAUGUUUGGCAAUAAUUUUAAUCAAAUUAAACUAUUCCAACAAGAAUAAUAACUGAAGAAAUAUAAAAGACUAUGCCAACAACAUAAGUAUAUGCAAUGUAUGGAAACCAUGAAGCUUAUCCUGCAGAAUAAUAUGAUAUGAUUGGAGAGUCAACUUAAUGGUUAAGAGAUGAAACAUCAGAAAUGUGGAAAUAAUAUUUAAGUUAAGAAGCAUAUUAUUAAUUAAGAAGAAAUGGAUACUAUUCUUAAAUAGAUGAAAAAAGAAAUCUAAAAAUUAUUGCUUUAAAUUCUUAAGCUUAUGAUUAUGAUAAUUUCUUUUUAAUGGAAGGUGUUACAGAUCCAAGGGGAAUGUUAAAAUGGUUAAUAUAAGAAUUGUAGGAUGCAGAAUCAAAAAAUUAAUUUGCUAUUAUUAUUGCACAUAUUCCACCAGGUGAUAUUUCAUGUAAUUCAUAAUGGGCAGAUCGUUUCAGUGUUGUUAUUGAAAGAUUUGAACAUGUUGUAUCUGGCCUUUUUUAUGGUAUUAAUUAAAUUAAUUAAAUCUAGGACAUACUCAUUCUGAUUAAAUAUCUCAUAUAAGAUCUAGAAUUGAUGGUAGAUAUAUUAAAACUAUAUAUAUUGCACCUUCAGUAACAACAUUUACAAGAUAUAAUCCAUCUUUUAGAGUAUUCUAUUUUAAUGGGAAAACUAAUUAAAUAAUAGAUUUUUCUUAAUAUAGAUUAGAUCUUGCAAAAGCUAAUAAAGAAGGAUAAAAUGCAAUUUUAAAUUGGAAUAUAGCUUAUAAUUUUUUAGAAUAUUAUGGAUUAUAAAGUUCAAGAAUAGAAGAUGUUUAAACUUUAGGUUAUAAGAUGAGACAUGAUGAAGAAAUAUUAAAGAAAUAUAUUUAUAGUUAUGCUACUGGAAGUGAAGUUCGUUAUAAAUAACAUUUAAAGUAUAUUGAAUUUAUAAUUAUUAUAGAGAUUUGAAAAAAUUAUUUUUAAAAAAAGGAACAAGAAACUAUUUCAUUUGUGGAGUAGAAACAGCUACUUAUGAUGAUUGGUUUAGUUGUAUUGGAUUUAUUGAAUCUUUAUAGGAUUCUGCUUAAAUUAGAUAUAAAAUAUAUGAAUCAUUCUAUGGAAAAUGGUUAAAAGAUUGA